AUGCGCGUUUCCACAGUGGCUACUGCUGCCCUGGUCGCAGGUUCGACUCAGGUGCAAGCUGCUCCCACUUUCGGCCUGGCCUUCGGUCUUCUCAAGGGUCUCACCACUGCCGUUCACACCGAUAUCAACCUCCUUCUGGGCUCCCUCGGUGUCGGCUUACAAAGUAACGCCAACAUCCACGGUCAAGCUCUUGGCUACGGCGGUAUUGGCUGCCCCUUCUCUCUCGCCAGCCAAGCCGGCGUCUCUGUGAACGCUGGUCUUCACGGAGGUCUCUCGCACAACAUCGGCUUCUCUGCCGGUGUCAACGGCGGUGCUUUCGUCAAUUGGAAGAACUUCAAGGCCAACGGUGUCACGCUCAGUGGAUGGCUCGUUCAGGACAAGUCUCUCGACCUCGAUUGGUGGAACAAGUACGCUUCCGAUUGCGACGACGAAUGGUCCUUGACCGCCAAGCUCGGUGCUAAUGCUGGCGCUGUUCUCGAGGCUCGCUAUGCUUCAUACAUCACUACUGGCUACAUCGAUUCGCUCGCUGCUGCUGGGAUCAACCUUCUGAGAAUCCCUACCCACUACUCUGCCUGGGUAUCUGUUCCUGGAUCCGGUCUCUACCACGGUAACCAGCAGGCUUACCUCAAGACCAUCUGCCAGUACGCUAUCCAGCGUCACGGUAUGCACAUUGUCAUUGGUCUUGACUCUCUUCCUGGUGGUGUCAAUGGUCUUGCCUCUGGCGAGCGUAUCGGUGCCACUGGUUGGUUCAACUCUGCCGAGAACCUGUCCUACUCCUUCAAGGCCAUUGAUGCCAUCCUCGGCUUCAUCUCUGCCACUGGCCACCUCAACGCCUUCACCGUCUCUCCUAUCAACGAGCCUUGCGAUGUUACUGCCAACUUUGCCACCGCUGGUGGUCUCUCUCUCGGUGCCACCAACUUCAUCAACACCUACGUUCAGGGUGUCAUGAAGAAGAUUGCUCAGCUUGAUGCUCGCAUUCCCUGCAUGGUUCAGGACGGUUUCCUCGGCCACGACUACUGGGCUCCCUUCUUCUCUGCUGGUGCCAACAUCGUCAUUGACUCUCACGUUUCUUUCUCGGGUGCCAUUGGCGGUGGAAUCUCUGCCGGACUUGGUGCAGGUUUGAACGCAGGAGCUGGCUUGAACGCAGGAGCUGGCUUGAACGCAGGAGCUGGCGUUAAUGCUGGAGUCAAAGCUGGAGCCCAUGUUGGCGGUGGUCUCUUCGGUGGGUUUGGUCUUGGUGGUCUUCUCGGAGGUGGUCUUUCAGGAAAGGGCGGUGCUCAAGUAGGAGCUGGCGCCAACGUCGGCGCUAGCGGCAACAUCGGUGGUGGUGUCAACGCUGGAGCAAAUGUUGGAGGAGCAGCAGCAGUUUCUGCCGGUACCGCCUACAACGGUCCCAAGCUCUCCGCCCACCUGAUCGCCCCCAGCGUCUGCAAGCAAGCCUCUCUCCUCAAGGGCUCCGGCAAGUUCCCCGUCUUUGUCGGCAGCUACGGCAUCCAAGCCCAAGAAGGCAACACACUCUCUGGACGCAAGACCAUCUACAACACUCAGAAGUACGCCUACGCACAGAACCUGUCCGGUGGCUGCUUCAGCCACGCAAAGGCAAACUCGAACAGCCUCUCCGUCUCUGGCGAGGGCUGUGCCUCUGACUACAACUCUUUCCAGAGCUUGAUGUCUGCCAAUGUCGCCACCAAGAACACCGAAUCUUGCUACUGCUAG